CGUCGUCCUUUCCUUCUAAGACUCUUCUUCGACUCAUUGUCUUCUGCAUUCCAUUGAAUUCAAAAAUCCAGCACCCCGCCUUCGAACCCCCGCCACAUACAAAGAAUCACAAACAUGUCGGCCAUCUUGUCGGCAGACGACCUCAACGACUUCAUCUCGCCCGGAGUUGCCUGUAUCAAGCCUGUAGAGACCUUACCGAAACAGCAACCACAAGAAAAUGCCUACGAAGUCACGACCGAAGACAAGGUUGCUGCCGCCGAAGCCCCACCAGCCAGCAUUUCCUUGACAGAUUGUCUAGCAUGUAGUGGUUGUGUCACAUCUGCCGAGGCCGUCCUCGUCAGUCUGCAAUCACAUCAAGAAGUCCUCAACACACUCGAUGCAUACCCCGAAUUACGCUUGCCUUGGACCGCUCAAGGCGAGUCUCUCCCUGGACCCUCGGACGGCAAGAUCUUUGUCGCAAGCGUGUCGCCUCAAACACGCGCCAGUAUCGCCGCAACAUAUGGAGUCUCCGAGAACGCCGCUACAAACAUGAUUCAACAACUUCUCUCCGGUCCGGCUGGUUUACGAUCAGGAGGCGCAAACAACAGUGGCUUUGCCUGGGUCAUUGAUACGAACGUCAUGCGCCAGGCCGCUUUGGUCGCUGCAGCAGACGAAGUUAUGGAUUCUCUUGCGCCCUCGGCAAAACACACAUCAGAUUUCAGUGGCUCGCGCGCUGAGAAGCCCAAGAAGCCCAUUCUUUCAUCUGCAUGUCCCGGUUGGAUCUGUUACGCCGAGAAGACACACCCUCACGCGCUGCCGCACAUGUCACGACUAAAGUCACCACAGGCCUUGACGGGCACAUUGGUCAAGAGUGUUUUGGCGAGGAAAUACGGCAUCAAUCCGGAGAACGUGUGGCACAUGGCAAUCAUGCCUUGUUUCGACAAGAAGCUGGAAGCGUCAAGAGAAGAGUUGACAGAUAUACACUGGUCACCGGAUGGCAACAACACAGAGCGCAAAGGCAUUCGAGAUGUCGACUGCGUGAUUACUGCUCGAGAGCUGCUCAUGCUCGCCGAAAGCCGCGACAUCUCCUUCCCACAACUACCACAGAAGCCUCUAUCAAGACAACAUCACACGCCUUUCCCAGAUUCGAAACUCGACACCUUCCUCUUCCCUUCUAAGUACGUCCCCAACAACACAAAAGAUGCCGGCACGAGUGGUGGAUAUCUCUGGCAUGUGAUGCAAACAUACCGCGCGCACAACCCAGGCAGUCAAAUCACCACCCAAAGAGGUCGCAAUGCCGAUGUUGUCGAAUACACUUUGAUUGAUGCAGAAAACUCACCAAUCGUAAGAACUGCUCGUUACUACGGCUUCCGCAAUAUCCAAAACCUGGUUCGUCGACUGAAACCAGCACGCGCAUCACGUAUGCCAGGUGCGGCGAGUAGAUUAGGCGGUGCUCGUAAGCCUGGCGCUGCGGCAGGCUCAGCGGGAGGACAAAACAUGAGUGACUACGCAUAUGUAGAAGUUAUGGCGUGUCCAGGCGGCUGCACGAACGGCGGUGGUCAAAUAAAGGUCGGCGAUGUCGGAGCUCUACGAGGCAGUGGUGUAGAGAACGGCGGCGAUCAAAUCGUCGCACCUCAGCAAAAAGAAUGGCUGCAAAAGGUCGACGAAGCAUAUUUCUCAUCUUCCUCUGCUUCUUCGUCACCAAUGGCUUCAGAUACGGAAGAUGAAGGGGUUGAAGUGGAUGCACAAUCUACAGCGACGACGGCUAAAUCUUCUGCCAAUGGCGAUGUCGAGAUGGACGAUGCAGAAGAUGCUUCGCUUGUGGAUGGUAUCUCGCAUUCACAGAUCAAAAAUAUCUUCUCGCAUUGGUCUGAUUUGACGGGGGUGGCGAAGGAUAAGUUGGUGUAUACUUCUUACCGCAAAGUUGAGAGUGACAUUGGCAAGACUGCUACUGAUGUAGAAAGAGUUGCUGGUCUUGCUAGCACUAUUGGAGGUGGAUGGUAGAUAACUAUUCAUGCAAGCACGAUCAUGUUGUCUUAGCAUCGCAUAUACCCGAAUUAUUCAUCACUUCAAACUGUUCCAUCAAGAACU